AUGAGAUCCAGCACUUCGAUCUAUACGCUGCUUUUAGUGAUUUACUUACAAGGUAUAAAUGGCGAGGAUGCUACAAUCACAGAAAGCAAACACACUCAAGAUAAAUCAUCGUGGGAGUUUGUACCUAGUGAUAUUUGUGACUCCUUUUGUACGGGCGGGAACUGCUGCCAGGCUCAAAAGGCAAAUUGUGCAUGUGCUCUUCAAAGUGGAGCGUAUGGAUGUGCAUGUGCCCCAGGUUACACAGGGUCUGGUCUGAAUGAGCAAUGUUCACCCUGUGAUAUUGGCUAUUAUAAAUCAGUGUGGGGCCGGCAGGCUUGUGACGCAUGUCCAAUGAAUUCUGAAACUAAAAGCAAUGGUGCCACGGCUGAAAGUGAAUGUGAAUGUAGUGAAGGUUACAAGAAAAAUUUACAAAAUCAAUGUGAAGUUGUGACAUGUAGUGUAUUGACACCUAGCAUAGGUGUCAUCAAGGUGUCAUCAAACUGUGGCAAUGUAUUGAAUGAUGAGUGUCGAUUUAAAUGCGCUACCAACUACAAAACAAUUAGUGGAAAUGCAGUAAGAACAUGCCAACCAAACAGCUCUUGGUCUGGCACUCCUCUACAAUGUUCUGAAAUCCUUUGCAAAACGCUGCCGAAUGUGGAGUUUGGGACUUUAAAAUGUAACAGUAGCAAACUAUCCGUCGGUACGGAAUGUGAAGUGAAUUGUGAGGAAGGGUACAGUAUAAGCGGAGAUGCUAUCCGGACUUGUGAGCUCUCUGGUAUUUGGAGCGGGAAUACACAGACAUGUGAACCCCUAGAAUGUCCGGUUAUAAAACUUCAUCAAGGUGGAGCAAAUAUGAUACUUACACCCAGUGAAUGUUUGAAUUCUACGCUUCCAUACAAAUCAGUAUGUAAUAUUUCGUGCGUCGAUGGUUAUGGUCUUAUAGGUCCAAAAUCACAUGUGUGUCAAGCCAAUCAGGCGUGGUCAAAAUCAAAAAACAUUACUACAAAAUGCAAAGAUAUUGAACCACCUGUAAUUACAAAUUGUCCUCAGGAUAUUGAAGCCGAUACAGAUCCAUUGAAGGAUACAGCAGUGGUAACUUGGCCCUCGCUAAUCGUUAAUGAUAACUCUGGAGAUAAGCUUACUCCUAAAGAAAGAAGAAUACCAGCAACGACAGGCCAGGAGUUUAGCAUAGGGACAACUCUUGUAAAAUUCCUAGUUAAAGAUGCUAAAAAGAAUAAGGCUAGGUGUAAUUUCAAUGUUAACGUAAUAGAUAGAGAGCCACCAGCUGUGGUCUCCUGUCCCACUGACAUUGAAAUAGAAAGUUCGCAAAGCACCAUCAAUGUAACCUGGAAAGAACCAGAAUUUAAAGAUAAUUCUGGCAAAUUUACUCUUCAAUCAAACAAAUACUCUGGUUAUCGGUUCAACCAAUUUGAAGUAUUGCUAGUUUCCUACAAGGUUGAGGAUUCCUCAAAAAACACAGCCUUUUGCAAUUUUUCUGUGAAAGUGAAGCCUUAUUCAUGUCCUUUCCAACCACCCCCUGCAAAUGGAGCUGUUGCAUAUGAUUCUUGGGCAGGUGGUCAAAUUUACCGGAUCUAUUGCCAUGCUGGCUUUGAAUUUUCACGUACACCCGAAGAAGCGUACUUCUGCUCAGCAGAUGGCAAAUGGGUUCAACCUCCACCUUUUAAUGAUACUUUUGAAUUACCAUGGCCAGACUGUUCCGCUGCUGAUAAUGGUACUGUGAAUUUACCAAUUGUGCUACAGUACUUCACUGAAUCCUGCCUAGAAGACGGGGCCCCACAGAUUCAGGAGGACUUUGCGAAUAUAUUAAGUGACAUGUUACCUGACUUUUGCGGUACCAACUGCACUGCAGAAAAUGUAAAUGUGAUAUGUGGACAAGUAGGUGAGUCAGUGGCUGGUCGUAGGAAACGUCAGUCAUCACGUCAACUUGCAUACACUAUUCAGUUUACCGUUCAACUGCCAAUUAGUUCAGAAGAAUCUCAAGACCAUGAAGCAUUUCAGAGAACAGUGGAUGGACUUACAGAUGCCGUUCUUACUGGAAAUUUAACAUAUACAGUUGGAGGAGUCCCACUUACUCCCUCAAAGGAUAUUUUCGUUGGGGAAGCUACCAUCACUUGUAGAAUAGGUCAGAUAAGGAGAAAUGGUCUAUGUGUUAACUGUCCUGCUGGUACUUUCUUUGAAUAUGGUUCAUGCAUCAGAUGUGAGAAAGGCUUUUACCAGGCUAAAGAGGCUCAAUUAUCGUGCACACCGUGUCCACAAGGAAGCACGACUCUCUCAGAAUAUGCCAAAUCACAACUCGAAUGCAAAGCACCUUGCAAACCGGGCACCUAUUCAGAAAGUGGAAUAGAGAGCUGUUUAGCCUGUCCGAUAGGAACAUACCAAGGAAGGGGGAGACAGACAAAGUGUUUCCCAUGUCCAAUUGGCUUGGCAACACCCAUACCAGGGGCAACAUCUCUUGAACAAUGUCAAGUAAUUGAUGAGUGUCUGAUGUCUCCCUGCCUAAAUAAUGGAUUUUGUUAUGACUUAGAAAAAGGUUACAAAUGCAUUUGCCGAGACGGUUUUACAGGUGAUAACUGCGAGGUCAACGUGGAAGAUUGUUCACCUGGGAUUUGCAAGAAUGAUGGUACAUGUGUUGACCAAGUCAACGGGUUUAUGUGUGUUUGUCCAACUGGUUUCAAAGGCCGAACAUGUGUGGUCAACAUUGAUGAUUGUAAAAAUAAUCAUUGCCGUGGUAAUUCAGUAUGCGUGGAUGGUCUAAACAGCUAUACAUGUGCAUGUGCUGCAGGAUUUACUGGACGAUUAUGCGAAAUUAACUAUAAUGACUGUGCCAGUAAUCCGUGUGUUAAUGGAGGGACAUGCUUUGAUCAUAUUGGG